GUGUUAAUGGAUGUGGAUAGUGAUGAUGAAUCCAAUACAGAUCCAUGGUAUAAUAAUGAUUUAAAAAGACGCAGGUUUAUCUUCAAAUUUCCAAUUUGUUUUUGUGUGAUGGAUACUGCUGAGCUCUCCAGUUCACAAUGGGACCUCGAAUGUUUAAUGGUAGCGCGUGACACUAAUGUGAUAAUCUUUGUAUCAAAAAGAUGA